CUUUCCGUCCCCGCCCCCUGGCCUGUCAUUGGUGCUUGCGUCACACAAGUUCAGGUAAGGAAGUGGAGCGGAGAAACGGCCGACAUACAAGAAGAAGCAGCAAAAGUGUCGAGUUCCUCAUUUGAAAGCGUAAACAGAGAAACAUACGCAGUCAAUUUUCGACAGUUGACCAUCACCUCUACACACUUCACUACUUGUCCCGCCAUGGAGGACGAAACAGCCCAUCGAUGGACCAACAACAGUCCUGUGAUUUCAGUGGCACCCAACGACACGCGCCGUCUUCUGGAAGUCUACGUCAAACGCAGCCUAAGCCUCAAUGAUGAGUCACUUGGAGUCAAGCAUCCCGAGCGCAAACUCAAAUGGGUGACCAUUCCCAAAAGGCACCGGAGACAUUCCAGCAACCCUUCCUUUCACUUGGCCGAUGAUUUGAACGAUGGUACUUUCCGGUCGCUCGCUCCCGCCGAAACUCCCCCGGACAUGGUGUCGGAGGGCAAGGUCAGCAAGAAGUCCAAGAAGAACAAAAAGCCCUCCUUGUGGAAGAACUUCUUGGGUCUAUUCUCGCGGAGGAGCACUGAGGAGAAAGCCGAGGAGCAGGAGUGUCCGUUAGACAUUCCAGAGGCGUCCGACGAUGACGCGGACUACACCUCCGUGUGCUUGCCCGCCUCGAGUCCGGCCUCCUCGACAAAGAAGAAGUCCUCAAAGAGAAAGACUUUGAGAAGAAGGUUCUCCAAGAGGCGUCUUUCCCUUAUUAUGACCAACAAGAAAGAGGAGUUCAACCCUGCAGACAUCAGCGGAGCUGUGGUGAGCGUGGAACCGACCAUCUCCUACUAUGAGAAAGUGUCCGAGGAACUGGAGAAGAUUCUCCACGAGGUCAAGGAAAAAGAUGAGCUGGACACUAUGUCAGAUGAGGAAGUCAUCAACCGGAUCAUUGCUUUGACAAAGGAGCAGGGAGACGCUAUCGACGGCAAGAUUAAAGACAACUCCACCCUGAGCAACUUCUUCCAGAGAAUGUCAUAUUCGUCCUUCCAGAGGCUGGCCGAUGCCUAUUUGGAGAAGGAGGCCUCACCCACGCGCACACAGCCCACUGUCCUACCCACGGCACCCGAGCUGGUCAAGCUGGCCUUCACGUUGGACUUCACGGCUCGUAUCGCCGGCCUCUCCCGCCAAAAUGUCGGGCACAUCACCGGCCUGGGCAACCGCUACCUGCAAGACCGAUUUGAAUAUAAACAAGCAUGUUUGGACCAGCACUGAUGACGGAGGUGGUGACUAUGCAAAUGGUGGAAACAUUUCCAGCAGUUCAGUUAAGCUGAGGAUGUGGUGCAAGUUUCCAACGUGAUUUUUUUUUCAUUUGUGUUUAAUUAUGCCGGAAGAGCAUAAUUUGCUGACACGGAAGCUUUGAGGACAUUCCAAAUUGAACUUCACCAUAUUGGUUGGAUCUAAUAUUGGAGUGGAGUGGCGCUGCAGGGCUCUUGUGACACAAAUGUGAUUUUAUUUUAUUUUCUGUGCCACAACUGGGAUGGCAAGGUAAAUGGAAAAAAAAAAAAAGCAAAAUUACAGACAAUUAAGUCUGGUCGAAAUAUGCUACAUCAGAGGUCUGUAAAUCGUGAAAUAAGCUAAAUAUUUGUGGCCAUUGGCCAUUGGAGUACAGCAUCUAUAGACCCUCAUUUCAGUCUAAGACAACUAAAUGCUAUGCAAUUAUUAAAUACUUGUAGUGAUUAUGUAUUAUUGUUUACUUCCAUAAUUAUGCUUGUGGAGCUAUUGAAUUGCAACAUGGGCACCUGCAGGUUUUUUUGUUCAUGUGUUCUGUCACCGUAAACACAACCAUACAUAGAAAAUUUCGCAGACUUAUUUUUUUUCUCUAAAUAGACUAUUUGGACUCAUUGUAAGCAGAGUAAAAUUACACUUGGAAGGGAGGAAAAUAUUCGUCCAUCCAUUAUCUGAGUCGCUUAUCCUCACAAGGGGCGCGGUCAUGCUGGAGCUGAUCCCAGCUGACUCCAGGCAGCUAGGCGGGGCACACCCUGAACUGGCUGCCAGCCAAUCAGGAGCAAAACAUUCGGAGUAAAAUUUCCUAAAAGUAUUUUUAGCGUGGGCAAGAGGAGUACAAUUGUUUCCCCGGCCACUAGAGCGGGAGUAAAUCUUCAGAAUAGAUCAAAAUCACUUCACUCAAGAGUACAUGAGGGAGGCUCUCAAUGUCAAACAUGAGUGAGUUCUCAUCAAAUAAAAGAUAAUUUUAAUCGUUUGCAGUACAACGAAUCCACAACAUUGAGUAAAAUGUGAAUAUUUUAAGUUUUAAUUUUACUCUGUUUUGACUGGGACCAAAUAUGGUAUUUUUAGAAUGAAAUGUCGUCUUCGAAAUGUACGUGGAAAUAGACAGUGGCUAAUUUUCAUCAUGAUGUGAUGAAGUGUGUGCAUGUAACAUAAUCAUACAGAUUUUAUGCCAAACAAACAAAAAAAUCUAUUUUGCAAGUGACAUAACAAGAAGUGGUACACACACUAAAUUUGCUUUCGUGGGCCAGAAAAGAAUGAUGCAGGGGACCGUAACUAGCCCCUAGGCCUCGAGUUUGAGAUAGCAACCUGAGCUACAGUUAAAACAAUAUAUACGCAGUCUGUGUUAUCUAUGUGAUGGUUUAUUGAUUUUGUUGAGAAACAACCCUGUGCAAUAUUGUUUACAAUUCCACAAUUUCACAACUAAGAAAGUGUUAGAUGUUUGUGUUAGUCUUAUUUAUCAGAAGCUGAAAUCAAAUGUGAGAUAGUUUGUUUUUAAUGUGAAUGCUGGCAUUCAUUUUGCAAAUAAAUGUUUUUUU